AUGAGUACGUUAAAUUAUUUACAGUCAUUCGUUCGCCUCUCUACAAGCAUCGUUGACUAUGCUGUUUUAUUGGUAUUACUGUUACUAUCAGCUUUCAUUGGCAUCAUCUUUGGUUUCAAAAAGACGACAGCAGAAGAAUACUUUCUAGCGAGUGGUACGAUGCAUGUAUUGCCUACGGCAUUGAGUAUUAUGGUUUCAUUUCUUUCUGCUAUCACUAUAUUGGGUGUACCGAGCGAAAUCUACAUGUCAGGAACAAUGUUUCUAUAUCAAGCUGCUGCAUAUUGUAUCGCCUCGGUAAUAACAGCUGUUGUUUUUGUGCCAAAGUUUCGUGAAAUGAAAUUUACAAGUAUUUAUGAGUAUUUAGAAAAACGCUUUGAUCAAUCGGUACGGAUGUGUGCGUCUAUCAUUUUCACGAUAUAUAUGUUUAUGUACAUGGCUCUCGUACUCUACGCACCAUCGUUAGCUCUAAGUCAAAUCACAGGAUUGAAUAAAUGGCUUUCUGUUGUGUCGAUUAGUGUUGUUUGUGUUUUUUAUUCAUCAAUGGGUGGAAUAAAAGCCAUUAUUUGGACGGAUGUUUUACAAGCACUAGUUAUGUAUACAGGGAUUGUGAUAGCCAUCACUCAUGGUUUGAUUCGAGUUGGUGGUAUUGAAUCCGUAUUUUUAAUUGCCAAACAAGGCAGUAGAAUAGAAUUCGAUAAUAUGAGCCUCGAUCCUCGAACACGUCAUACGAUCUGGUCAAUUUUUAUUGGUAGUUCAUUAAAUUUACUAGUAUUGUAUGGUUUCAAUCAAAUGCAAGUACAACGAUAUAUGUCCGUUCGGUCCACUCAAGCAGCACAAAAAGCACUUUUGAUCAAUCUGAUCGGUACUGCUGGUUUCAUUCUUCUCACAGGCUUUAUGGGUCUCGUACUCUACGCCUACUAUAACACUUGUGAUCCGUUCACAGCAGGUCGAAUAAAGAACAUUGACCAAAUUUUACCGUAUUUCAUCAUGGAAACGUUAGGUGACAAGAAAGGUGUACCAGGCUUGUUUCUAGCCUGCGUUUUCUCCGGUACACUUUCAACAAUCUCAUCCGGAUUGAAUAGUAUGGCAGCAAUUAUAAUCGAAGACAUUUACAAAGGUCUAUUAAGACAAAAAUUAGAUAAAAAACAGCAAGGUUACUUAUCGCAAUGCGCAUCCAUUUUUGUCGGCGUUAUUAUCGUACUUCUAACUUAUGUUAUCAGCUAUUUAGGUCCAAUAAUUAAUGCUGGCGUAUCAUUGACCAAUGCGCUUUGCGGGCCGAUUAUGGGCGUAUUCUUUCUGGGACUUUUCGUGCCACGAGCCAAUCGAACAGGAGCGAUAGUUGGCUUUUUUAUAAGUUUAAUUUUGCAACUAUGGAUCUUUAUAGGAGCACAACUAACGAAACAUCAACGAAACAAUCAUCGACUACCACUGUCAAUACUGAACUGUACUGAUAUCGAUAUAUUUAGUAGAACGAACAGAAACGCCACCCUUACAGGAAGUUUGGUGGAUGCUAAAUCUGAAUUAUUUUUUGGGCUGUACUCGGUGAGUUACAUGUGGUAUACGACGAUUGCUGUCGGAACUGUAGUUAUCAUUGGUGGAAUUGUNUCAAUACUGAACUGUACUGACAUCGAUAUACUUAGUAGGACGAACAGAAACACUACCCUUACAGGGAGUUUGGUGGAUGCUAAAUCUGAAUUAUUUUUUGGGCUGUACUCGGUGAGUUACAUGUGGUAUACGACGAUUGCUGUCGGAACUGUAGUUAUCAUUGGUGGAAUUGUAUCUUAUUUGCAUAAUCCUAUCCAGCCAAAUGACAUCGAUUGGAAGUUAAUUAUUGGAAUGAAUGAUAUAUGUAAAUAUUGUUGCGGGUCAACAGAAAGUCAGACAUUGCACACAACUAACGCUGCCGAUGAAUCUGAUGACAAACGAGAGGCACUGCUUUCAUAA